CACUAAACCACGUUUUACUAAAGGGGGGUCUGUCCAUCCCCGAGGUGAGCAUAUUCCUGUGUUGGUGCUGGUGUCCAUUUCCAGGCCUCCGUUACUGAGUGCUGGCUGGGCUCCCUCCGACCGUUUCGGGCCCCUCCUUUUGCAGGACCGCGCAGGGCAGAAGAAGUUUUGUAGCUUCAGGGAGCCUGCAUGCUUCAGAGCAACGUCCCACUCAAGCGUGGGACGAACCGCUUCGCGUCCCAGUCAAGCGUAGGACACUUGCGCUUAGCGGUGUAGCGUCCUUAGCCAGGCGCUAGCGAUUUGUGCUCGCCAAUCUUGGGGGCCCAUGGUGCUAAAGACUUGCGAGAAUGUUGCCGGCUUCCAUGAGCGAUAUGCUGAACGCUUCCGCCGAGAGGGUGGUGCAGCUCGCAGGUGGGAGCAGGCGGUCAAGGCAUGGGUGGCGUGCUGAAGGCAUCCGCUUGACGGUUUCUCCUAAUGGUGAUCUCCGCUUGACGGUUUCGUGCACAUUUUCACCCAUUGCUCACGCGCUGUGGCCAGCGCAAGGCGUAUGGACUGGACUGGACCUGGUGCUCGUGCACGUGAUGGGCCAUGAUAGGCCGACCAUGGUGGGCCGCGCACGUGCAUACGGCUAUGAUGGCCGCGCACGUGCAUCCGUGCAUCCGACCAUGAUCUGCAUGAGGCGCGGAAGUGCCCAAAGAGUCACGGCAGUGCCAAGAAGCCUCGCCGUGGUCGUCGUCGUCGUCGUCGUCUUCGUCGUCGCCGUCGUCUUUGUCGCCGUUUUUGCCAUCGUCGUCGUCGUCGCCG